AUAAAAAGCAAUUUAAAUGUAUAGAAUUUCCAGUUAAUUAUACAUUAGACUACUAUUCAGAAUCUAAAGGUCACCAAGAAGACAGUGAUGUGCAACUUGCUGAGUCUAGAUAUGGCAAAAAUCAGCUGGAUAUGGUUGUACCCGAAUUCCAAGAAUUAUUUAAAGAGCGUGCUACUGCCCCUUUCUUUGUAUUUCAAGUGUUUUGUGUUGCACUUUGGUGUCUUGACAAAUAUUGGUACUAUUCUAUAUUUACGUUAGUCAUGCUAAUUUUGUUUGAGUGUACACUAGUGCAGCAACAAUUACGAAAUAUGGCUGAAAUUCGUAAAAUGGGAAACAAACCUUAUAAUAUUUUUGUCUAUCGAAAUAGAAAAUGGAAAAUGAUCAUGUCAAAUGAGUUGGUACCUGGUGAUAAAGUAUCAAUUACUCGAUCUCAAGAUGAUAAUUUAGUACCUUGCGACUUAGUGCUAUUAAGAGGUCCUUGUAUAGUUGAUGAGAGUAUGUUGACAGGAGAAUCUGUACCUCAAAUGAAAGAGCCGGUUGAAUUAUUUGAUCAAGAUAAGGUUUUAGCCAGAGGUGAAGGAAAGUUGCAUAUUUUGUUUGGUGGUACAAAAGUUGUGCAACAUACUCCACCUGCCAAGACAUCAGGAAACAGACCACCAGAUGGUGGAUGUGUUGCAUAUGUUUUGAGAACUGGUUAAACUUCUCAGGGAAAACUGUUGCGUACAAUUUUGUUUGGAGUUAAGAGAGUGACUGCUAAUAAUUUGGAAACAUUUGGAUUUAUUUUAUUCCUGUUGAUUUUUGCAGUUGCUGCUGUUGUGUAUGUUUGGGUGAAAGGCAGUGAAGAUGAGGAAAGAAACAAGUACAAAUUAUUGGAAUGCACUUUGAUAUUGACUUCAGUUGUACCUCCUGAAUUACCAAUUGAAUUGAGUUUAGCCGUUAAUACCUCAUUAUUAUCAUUAUCAAAACUUAACGUUUUUUGCACAGAACCUUUUAGAAUACCUUUUGCAGGAAAAGUUGAGAUUUGUUGUUUUGACAAAACUGGUACUUUAACCAGUGAUAAUUUGGUUGUUGAGGGUGUAGCUGGUUUAGAUGAACAGGGUGCUAAAGUUAGUCCAAUACAGUCCUGCCCCAUGAAUACACUGCAAGUUUUAGCUACUUGUCACUCAUUAGCUCAGCUUGACGAUGGUUUGGUUGGAGAUCCCUUAGAGAAGGCUGCUUUAACAGCUGUUGACUGGACAUUAACUAAAGCUGAUGCUGUGAUUCCCAAAAAAGGCAAAAGUCCUGGUUUGAAAAUUUUUAGUAGAUUCCACUUCUCAUCAUCACUGAAAAGAAUGUCUGUUGUUGCUGGCUAUAAUGUUCCAAAUUCAAAUGACCAAAUGUAUAUUGCAACAAUUAAAGGAGCUCCCGAAACCCUGAAAAGUAUGUUUGUCGAAGUUCCUGAGGAUUAUGAAAAGAUUUAUUUAGAUUUAUCAAGGAGAGGUGCUCGUGUUUUGGCUCUGGGUUGGAGAUCACUUGGAAGUUUAACAUCAGCAGAACUUAGAGUUAAAUCGGAAUCUGUGGAGAAAGAAUUUAAAUUUGCUGGCUUUGUAAUAAUAUCCUGUCCAUUGAAGCUUGAUUCAAAGAGUGUCAUCAAAGAAAUUGUUAACUCGUCACAUGCUGUUGUUAUGAUAACUGGUGAUAAUCCUUUAACUGCUUGUCAUGUUGCAAAAGAAUUGAAAUUUACACAAAAAACAAAGACUUUAAUUCUGACUGAAACAUCUGAACAAUGGAGAUGGCUAUCUAUAGAUGGAACCUUACAGCUGCGGGUUGAACAUGACUUUAAUGAGUUAACAAGUAAUUAUGAUUUAUGUAUAACUGGCGAAGGUCUUGUUUACCUUCAGGAACAUCAUAAUACUUUGUUGGGUAACUUGCUGCCUCACAUAGUUGUAUUUGCAAGAUUUUCACCUAAACAAAAGGAAUAUGUAAUAGUCUCUUUGAAAAAUUUGGGAUAUAGUACAUUGAUGUGUGGAGAUGGAACAAAUGAUGUCGGUGCUCUAAAACAUGCCCGGGGAGUUGCUAUUCUUAGUAAUGCUCCUGAGCGAUUGCCUAGCAAAGAUGAUCUUAAACUUAAAGAUAAGCUUAGAGAUCGAGGUAAUUUGAACCAAUAUUUCUUAAUGUUUCUCAAUAUCUUAAUGACAAACACAGUGGCACAAGAAAAAUUGAAUAAAAUAAUGAGAGAAUUGGACGAGGAUCAAGUAGCCAUUGUCAAACUUGGCGAUGCCAGUAUAGCUGCUCCCUUCACCAGUAAAUUAUCUUCAAUUCAAUGCAUUUGUCAUAUAAUUAAACAAGGCAGAUGCACAUUGGUCACAACUCUUCAGAUGUUCAAAAUUCUUGCGCUAAAUGCAUUAAUUUUAGCAUACAGUCAAUCUGUUCUUUAUCUUGAUGGUAUUAAAUUUAGUGAUGGUCAAGCGACAUUACAAGGGCUUCUACUGGCAGCUUGCUUUUUAUUCAUUAGCCGAUCUAAGCCUCUUAAAACUUUGUCAAGACAACGUCCACUGCCUAAUAUAUUUAAUGCGUAUACUAUUUUGACCGUUUUAUCCCAAUUUGCUGUGCAUUUCUGUUGUUUAGUUUAUUUGGUUCAACAAGCACAUGCUAGGACUCCUGAAAGGUUUGUACUUUCAACUGCAUUUCAUUUCAGUAUAGAAAAACCUAAAGUAAAACUCAGUGUCGAAGUGGAAGAGGAUGAACCAUUUGUGCCUUCACUACUUAAUUCCACAGUAUACAUUAUUUCAAUGGCAUUGCAAGUUUCUACAUUUGCUAUAAAUUACCGGGGACCUCCAUUCAUGCAAUCAUUGCGAGAGCAUAAGGCUUUACUGUACAGUAUUUUAGCUUCAGGAGGUGCGGUAUUUGCGUUAGCUGCAGGUGCUCUUCCAGAUUUAGCCGAACAAUUUGAAAUAGUUGAUUUUCCUGCUGAGUUUCGUCUGGUUUUGGUUCAAGUGUUGUUUGCUGAUUUCUUUUUUGCCUAUCUCGUGGACAGGAUUUGCAUGUGGCUAUUCGGGGAAGGAAAAGCGAGAAUACUUAGAUCAUCUAGGUCGUAACACAUUCACACAGGCAGCAAUCACAAUCACCAAGUACGCAUUCAAUCAUAAAAAAAUAAAUUAUAGUGUAUUUACG